AUGGAUAUCGAACCCACCCUUCCUAUUCCGAUCUCGUAUAUUGGGGGUAGCUACUUUCUCUUCUCAAUUGAUGCAGUUACGUAUGUGAGACGCGAGUAUCACAUUUGCGGCGUCUUAAGCGGCACAUUGCCUCAAAUCCCACAACAGAAUGUCUUCCUGGGCUUGCCAUUGAAGCUAAUGCCGGAAGAGGCCCGGUUGCUCGUGGAGAAAGGUGUAGCAUGCAUUGUAGACGAGGUAAAAGUCCAAAAGGACGGAAUGCGAGCCCUCAUGGAGGAGGAUCGCAAGAAGUAUCUCCGUGAGCUAGAAUCUCAAGGCCAGCAUGCUAUGCGACUACAGAACGACCGGAAGGAGCAGCAACGCGAGAAGGCUUUAAAGAAAAUAGAAGAAAAGAAGGCCGCAAAGGCCAAAAAGUCUGCUGAAAGGCAGCAGGAGCAGCAGCCUGCCCCUCUUAAUAAUGAGGCUGCUGCUCAAGACCCGGUUGUUGACUUGUUCGCAAAUGACCAGGAGGCUACCGCUUCCUGAUGUGCCUUCCUCAUACCCAUUAUUCGCUCACCUUCAUUCCGAAGGAUACUUCUUAUCCCCUGGGUUGCGAUUCGGGUGUCAGUAUCUUGCCUAUCCCGGUGAUCCUUUACGGUUCCAUUCACACUUCCUGAGUGUGUCUGCUGACUGGGAUGAGGAGUUGGAUUUGAUGAGCAUCGUUGCCGGUGGUCGACUAGGUACUGGUGUGAAGAAGGGUUUCUUGAUUGGAGGAGCUGAGAAGAAGAUCGAGGGCUCGGAUGCUGGAGACCCCAGUAGUGUGAGGACUUUCAGCAUUGAAUGGGGUGGAAUGUGA